UUACGGUUGUGAGGUGGUUGCAGGCGAGUGUGACGUAACGAUUUUUCUCUAUUUCACUGAAAAUGGCUGGGGCAUGGGCUGAGGAUGAAAUUGGACGAAAGUGGGAUCGCUGUUUCACGGAUGCCGUUUUAAAAUUAGGCGGUGGUGUGUUCCUAGGCUCGGUAUUUUCUCUUCUAUUCUUCAGAAGAAAGAGAUGGCCGAUAAUCACAGGAGCUGGUUUUGGAUUAGGUAUGGCCUACUCAAACUGUGAAAAAGACAUAAAUGCCACGCUGAUCCAGAACAGAACCAUAGGCUACAAAAGUGAAGAUAAAAAGUAAUAAGACCAGCCGUUUGUCUAGUUAACGAAAUAAAAGAGAAAGCGUCAUCUAAUUAUCGAUAGGUCCAGUAUCUUGAUGACAAUCCACCAACAUUAGUUGAAUCUGUAACUUUAUGUCGCAAAUGCUUUAUGUUACAAAAGAAAAAAUCUUGCAGUGUACAUAAAUUAUUAUGAAACAAUGAUUAUAAAUAUGUUAUUGAUUAAAUGAAAGGAAGUCAA